AUACUAAUAUAUUAUUGCAUUUAGAUCUACUGACCAUGUGAGGGAGUAAGAAGUUAAACAGCUGUAUCUAGUUCAUCUCUGCAUAUUUUAAUCCAAAUAUGGUAAAGGGCAGGGCUACAGAAGGGAGUGUCCAUAUAAUAAACAGGGCUCAGAACUUGUAACAGAAUAUUAAGUUAUACUCCACUCAAGUGAACUCUGCACUUCGCACUUUGGUCAAAGUCUCAUUUAAAUUUAAAUUUCUAAACUUUUCUUAAGAAAUUAAGUUUUACUUGAUCUCCUCUUUUCUGAAUUGCAGAAAUCGGAUAAAACUACUUGAUAAAAAUGACUUCUUGCCAUGUUAUUGAAGAUCCUAUAAAAAAGGUUGCUAUCUUUGGAGGAACUCAUGGGAAUGAGUUAACAGGAGUAUUUCUAGUUAAGCACUGGCUGGAGAAUGGCACUGAGAUUCAGAGACCAGGGCUGGAAGUAAAACCAUUUAUUACCAAUCCAAGAGCAGUGAAGAAGUGUACCAGAUACAUUGACUGUGACCUGAAUCGAGUUUUUGACCCUGGAAAUCUUGGCAAAAAAAUGUCAAAGGAUUUGCCAUAUGAAGUGACAAGGGCUCAAGAAAUAAAUCAUUUAUUUGGCCCAAAAGACAAUGAAGAUUCCUAUGACAUUAUUUUUGACCUUCACAACACUACUUCUAACAUGGGAUGCACUCUUAUUCUUGAAGAUUCCAGGAAUGACUUUUUAAUUCAGAUGUUUCAUUAUAUUAAGAUUUCUUUGGCUCCAUUACCCUGCUAUGUUUAUCUUAUUGAACAUCCUUCCCUCAAAUAUGCAACCACUCGUUCUAUAGCCAGGUAUCCUGUUGGCAUAGAAGUUGGUCCCCAGCCUCAAGGGGUUCUGAGAGCUGAUAUUUUGGAUCAAAUGAGAAAAAUGAUUAAACAUGCUCUUGAUUUUAUACAUAAUUUCAAUGAAGGAAAAGAAUUUCCUCCCUGUGCUAUUGAAGUCUAUAAAAUAAUGGAAAAAGUUGAUUAUCCCCAGAAUGAAAAUGGAGAUAUUGCUGCUAUUAUCCACCCUAAUCUGCAGGAUCAAGACUGGAAACCGCUGCACCCUGGAGAUCCUGUGUUUUUAACUCUUGAUGGACAGAUUAUUCCACUGGGCGGAGACGGUACUGUAUACCCAGUGUUUGUAAAUGAGGCCGCAUAUUACGAAAAGAGAGAAGCUUUCGCAAAGACAACCAAACUCACACUCAAAGCAAAAAGUAUUCGCUCCUCUGUACAUUAGGAAUCACUUCCAGCUCACCUGUUGUACAGUAUCUCUACUCGUUUGUAAGCUCUUGAAGGGUAGGAUUGUGCCUUAUUCAACUUCAUACUCACAGCACCUAGUCCAGUGCCUUGCACACAGUGGCCAUUGAGGCAAAUUUUCUGAAUGAAUGAUUAAAUUAAUGAGUAUCUUUGAAAGUAUCAAAUUGGGUAGGUAGCUUAUUCAAAGCGGUGCAUGUCUUAUUUCCUUAUAUAUUCUACUUUGAUAGUUUAAGAUUCUGAAUAAAACAGCAUUUAAAUUCAAAUUUCAAAAUUGAAAUGGAUACUAUCUAAAAAAGUUAACUUGAGCAUAGAAUUAAAUGUGUUUUCAAGUAAUGUAUAAAUGCUACUACAAACUAAUGAUGCAGACUUGCUAUUUUUAGAUUUUUUACAUUUGAGUUAAUGAUAAUAUAUUAAGUAUCCCAUCUGGAAACUUUACCAGUAGUUGUGAUAUCCAUAAGAGAUUUUUAAUUGCUCUUUUGAAGAUGAAAUGUGAACAAGAAAUGAGGGCUGAUUAGAAAGGUGACAUUAAAAAUAAAUCAAGAAACUGAAUGGACCUUUGUCCACAGACAAACAGUAACCCACACAGCACCACUGCUCUGACAUGGUCGCUUGUUCUGCACUGACCUCUGGGAGCAGAGAGCCUCCUCCAGACAUCUCACAUGCCCCUUGGGAAGUUAACAUUCCUUCCCAACUUGGGAAAAUCCAGAAGAGGCAUAUUCCUUCCAACUAUCGCUUCUCAUUUUGAAGGAAUGCACUUUGUCCUUGUUCCCAGCCAACAUGUGAGGAAGUCUUUGGGCUCCUGCAGCAUAGGUGAUAAAGACAGAAAUAGCCGGAGACAGUGGACACUAGUGGAGAUGCGACCCAAACUCGUGUCUCUGGUUCACAAAUGCAUUCUUUCAAGAAAGCACCCAUGACCAAAAUGCCCAAAUACCUCCCCUCUCAUGAUUCUUGUCCUCAAAGAUCUCCCUCUCCCUCCAGUACCUGCAGGAACCUCCCCUGCCUCCUCUCUUAGGCUCCAGCAGCUAAGUAAAGAGAGUUUUUAUCCUAUGAGUUGGACCCCAAGGAACCCAUGUUUAUGGUUUCAGGUGUAUAUCAAAAUCAUUCUAACAUUUUCUGAAACAAAGAUAUGUGUAAAUAUUUCAUUCUUCCAAAGCAAACCCCAUUAAGCCAAUCUCAUUUUCAUAUUCAGUGUUUUAUAAACCUCAACUAAACUGUUCCUAAAUUUUUCAGCACCAAUAUUUUUGUACUUUCUCAAAAUGAUUUUUAUUGGAAUAAACUUUCUUCCUUCUGAAUUCUGAAGUAAAAGUUCAGUUUAUCAAUGAGUUUUCAUACAUAAGUUUUACCAAACUUCCUUCUCCCACUGUGAAAGUUCCUUCACGUUUUAUGUCUGAGUCCAAUUUUUCUGGGUCAGUUUUUUCAAGAUGUAAAUGUUGGCAAGAAUACUUUUACUCUUCCAUCAAAUUAGUUACCUAUAAAAUUUACAGUGUAAAUAUAAAGUCUUAUUUCCUCUGACUCAAUAUUGACAGUAUUUAGAGUUUCUAAUUAAAUGUGAUUUUUUAAAACUCGAGAGCAUAUUGCUGUUUGACUUUAGCCCCUUUCCGUUUUACUCAUUUUGAUUAUUUCUAACAGUCUACAGACUCCGUUUUUGCAUUUGUAAAAUGGGGAUGAUCAUAACAGUGCCCCUCUCUUGGGGUAAUUGUGGAGCCUAAGUGGGCUGAUGCGGACGCGCACUCAGCUCAGUGCCCAGCACAGAAUAACAAGUUAUUCAAGAUCAAAUUCCUAAUACGCGAGGCCUCUUAUGAUUUGCUGCUCCCUCCCCCACGACCUCUCUAGAUGCUUUGCCUUCCAGGUCCUCUCUGUUCUAGCCCGUUUCACAUUCUUUUAUUCCUAUAUGCCUUCACACAGACUGGUCCUUCCACCCUCCAUUCUCUCCCUCCUUCCUCUACCCCUCGCCCCCAUUCAGCCCUCACUCCAGCUAAUUCCUCCUCUUCCUUCAAAAGGCUCCUCAACUCUCAUUUCAUCUUAAAGCCCUCUUGGCCUGCCCCUUUGCCCCUAUCUGCUUUCAUCCCAUCUUGAGACAUUACCAAUAUCUUUUUCAGUGUCUGCAAUCUAAAUAAAAUAAAGUUUAGUCGACUGAGUGUGCUGAAACACCCUUCUCUACUGAAGUGUCUUCAGAUUCCACCAGUAUCUUUGCCUUCUCUCCUUCUUUCCCAGCCAUUUCCUGAGUAUACCCAUCAGUCCCAACUGAAAUUCACUUCAUUCUACACUCCUCAGACAUUAACUGUGUCCCAAAGGAUGGCAGGGGGUGAAAUACAUCCUUUUAAGCCUGCAACCCCAUUGCAAAAAUAGGGAAACAUUCACAUUUAAUAAUUCCUCUGUGCAAAACCUUUAGUAGCCUCCUCUAACCUUGAUAAGCAAUCUCAAAGCCUCACUACAGCUGAACAAGUCCUAUGUGCUCUGACCUCUGCCUCCCUCUCCAGCCCUAUUUCAUGUCAUUUUUCCCUUUGCUCCCAGCAAUUUGGCCACACAGAUUCCUCCAUCCUCAACUGCAUCAAGUUCCCUAGUACCUUGAGGUCUUUGCCCACAUUGUUCCCUCUUCUUGAAGCCCUAUCCCAUCCCCAUACUCCCUUUACGUGGAUGAGGCAUAUUCUUAAAUGUGAUUCAGGCUAGGCUAGACCUCUCUGUUAUAGAAGCUCAUUGCCUCUACUGACUAGCACUAACUAGUAAACCUCAGAGAACCUGGAUCCUUGACCCAGGAAAAAACAUUGUGACCUUUAUGUGUCAUUCCAUGUCUCUCCAAGUCUCAAUUUCUCUACUUAUUAAAUGGGGAUGUGAUACUCAUCAAACUAUAAAACUGUGCUAUUAAGAUAACCAACGUGAUUGGAAAAGCUUUAAAAAUAGGAAACAUACAAUCUUAAAGGCUUAAGCUGUAAAAUACCUUUUGGAAGGUAACUUUUUGCAAUAUUGAAAGCUGUAAAACUGUUCGUAUCUAUUGACCUAGGCAUUCCACUCCCAGAAUAUAUCCUGUGACAGGGGUUUCCACCCUUUUUCUAUCAGUCCACCCAGAAUGUUCCCAUGGAUAGCAUAUUCCUAGAUUAUAGGCUAAAGCUUAUUUGAGCUAGGAUGUAGAUUAUGUACAAUUCCCAUUUCUUUGCCGCACUGGAAAACACAUCCCAAUGAAGGAUGUUACUCUAAGAGUUAUUUGGAUUAAGUAAAUAAUUCACCAAAAGCAGCAGAGCACUUAUUAUUAAAUUGCGAGUUCUACAACCCAUCAAGAAGUGUCUUGGCAUUCAUGUUAAAAACUGCCAUCCUUAUGAAAUAAUGCAAGAGAAUUUUACAAAUGAAUAUACAUAUGAGUUGGCCAAUAAUGAUAGUAAUAUCAUUGCCUCCUCAAAAAGGUCCUGUGAAGUGAAGAGAGGGGAUUUAUACUUUCUGGUUUCUAUGUGGAACCAUGGUUUUAUAGGCACACAAAAUAAGUUGAUAGCCAGCAGGACAUGAUGGAUAGAGCACUGCCUUGGGGUCAUGUGGCCUAAGCCACUGACAUUUGCUAGCUGUGAUUUCCUUGGGCAUGUCUUUUCAACUCCCUUAGUCUCCCUUUACUCCAACUGGUUCCAGAGUUGUUGAGUGGUUCAAAUAGGGUACUGGACAUCAACGCACUGUGAGAUGUAAACACUAUACAAAGGUGACCUGUCUCAGUGUGCUGACUCUGUCUGUCCCUAAGCCAGGACCAACAAUAAUGUUUCAAGUCCAAAAAGUGGGCUGUCCUUCAGCCUUAGAGUGAGCAACACUCUAGGAUUCCUAGCUGGUCUUCAUACUGGCAUACCUAAGACAAGGAUAAACCAUGAUUAUAACAAGGCAAAAUAUUUACUGGAAAUCAUAAAAGCAUUUUUUCAAUGGCAUUAACACGUUCUUACUCUAUUUAUGACUUCUUAAUUAAACACAGAGUUUCAUACACACACAACACUAAGAACAAGUAUGUGAAUUAAAAUUGACAAGGAUCAGGCAUAUUCAAUGAGAACAAGGUGACAAUUCUAUGUUUGGAACCAAGAUCACAGUAUAAACAUGUAAAUCAAUGAAAACUCAAGUAUGGCUUAUAGGCUGGGAUAACGGCCCAUCAACCUGGGCCCCGUCCAGAGCAAAAGGACACAGUUCAACCAGGCCUUGAAGAGGGAAAGGAACUUCAAUAAUACUGGGCUCUCUCAGGCAGGAGCCUUCUAAGAGCUUAAUUACUUCACAGUGCAAUCUCGUACACCUUCUGCCACAUCCCAGAGAGGAAGGUAAGCACCAUUUUUAUUCCAGAUACAUACAUCACAAAAUGUCUAGAAUAAUAGAUUCCUCCUGAGGCAGUUGAACCAAAGGAAAAUUCCCAGCCAAAACCAUUAUUUUAGCACAGGAGAUUCCAUCCCUGGAAAAUGCCUACUCCUUAAAUUACUAAAUGUAAACUAUGAAGUUUUAAGAUGUCCCGAUAUGCCCCUGGAUUCAGUGUGGCGUGGUGUACGUAUGUGUGCAUGUGUGUGGUUCAUGCACACCUAUGUGCACACUUGAGUUUCAAACCUGUCAUAGGGAUCAUUGGGACAAUGUAGACUGCCAGCAUGAGUCAUCUGAGCAAAAAGCCUCAGCCCCCUGACGUAACAUAUGUGGCAACCACAAAGGUGGGCUCACAUCUACUCAAUAACUGUGCUAAGAAAACAAAUGGUGCUGGGAGAAACCUGGGGCCCAGGAAUCAGAACACUCCAGCUUCAACAGUUCUGAUGUGACUUUCUGCAUGGCUGCAUGGCUUUAAGCAAAUCUGCUUUCCUUCCCGGGCUUUAGUUUCUAAGUAUAAAAUAAGGGCACUGAUCCUUUCAAACAAAUGGUCUUUGGCUCAUUGCUUCCUUUAGUCUUGGUAAACCUACCGAGGCUCAAAUGAUCUAGGCUGAAAGCCUUUCAGGGAUGAAUACGGGACAGGAAAUGCCCCUGCCAACAAAUUCCAACCAGAUCUCCAGAGAACAACUCUCCAGAUGUGUGAGAAGACCAAGAUCCCAUUAUUGAUUUCCAUUUGCCUCACCCCCAGCUUUUGUUCAAGCGGGAAAGGGAGAGCUGUGCGACUUUAUCCAUUCAUAUCCGAAUCAAAACAAUUCUGGAAUUCCCAGGUCAUGGCACCAUGGAUCCAAAUGGCUGCCCUUCAGACCAGGAUAUCUGCUCUGGAUGUAUCCAAGUAGGGAACUCCAGAUACAGGAUGCUGAUCUCCAGGCUAAAAGGACCUCAUUGUCCAUCUGACUGUGAUCCUUAACAACAACCCUAGUAAGUUCUGUGUAAACACCCUCAAUAUGUGGAGCAGUCGCUAGACGGAAUGGAAGCAAAAUCCUUGUCCUCGAAAUUUCCUUUGGCACUAUUUCUGCCCGUCUGGAACACCCUCCUCCCCCGGUCUUCCCUCUCCACAGAACAAGCCCCGUCCCUGCUACCCCUACUCACAC